CAAUCAUGUCAUAUCUCCUUAGCAACUGUACCAUUGUCUCUCUCCUUCAUGCGUUUCUAGUGUUUUUCUGUGAGUCCGACAUCUAGUUCUUUGGAAUGGUCAGUAGGGGUUAGGCUUAUUGCAGGUCCAAUUGGAACCAUUGAAACGGAAAUGACCAUUGGCUGUAUCUCUGAGGCAUCCAGACAUCUCAGGGGUUCAUCUCUUCAUUGGCUUUUCUAUUUCUCAAUUUAACCAGCAAGAUGUCGCCAGCACUGGACCACCUCCCCCGGGAGAUACUACACAUGACACUGGCUUAUUUGGACAUUGAUUGCCGCUACUCAACCGAAUUUGAACCGCCAGAUGCCCACUUUCGCUAUUCUCGGCAGAAGCUCGACCAGCCAUCUUGGUACUCCUUAAGACUACAGCCGCUUCUCUCCCUUUGCCUGGUCUCCAAGCGCUUGUGCAGCGCCAUUCAACCUAUCUUAUAUAGUGAGUUUAUGCUCGGGUAUGGCGACUCGUGGCGCUCAGAGCUUUAUACAUGGGAUGGCCGGCUUCUUUCAUUCUUGCAAACAGUCGCUCGGCGCCGAGACUUGGCGGAGUUCGUGAAGAGAAUUCAUAUACUGCCACAUCUGCUCCAAGCUUCUCUCAAGGCCCUGGAAAAGGAGGAGAGAGACCGUCAAAGGUUGCUAAAUGAAGGGAAGGCACGGGCUCGACCGAAUCCAGAAUUGAGACAGUCCAUAUUGAAAGCGGAAGCUCGUGACACUCUCCGCGAGAUUGCCGUUGCUUUGAGAAUUAAAGAGCCCAAGAGACUGUCGGCGAAAGACUUAGUUACUCUUUUGAUUGCGGCACUACCAAAGCUGGAACAUUGCAGCCUUUUCAUUGGUCCAGACUCAGACAUGAUUUCUGUUGACACUGCAACCCUAUCGGCCGCUGGGAUCUCACAACUGCCGCUGCGGACUAUAAAUCUUUCGGUGCUACGCACUGCUGAGAAAUAUUUUGAUCUUGACUACAAUGCCAGGGCUCUCCUCGAUGUUUCUCCGUGCCUUGAAACGCUUAACCUCCAUAAGUGCUAUGGUACUCUCUAUAAAUACUAUGGUACUCGGAAACGGGCCGCGUUACCUUUUUUGCCGAGACUUAAGCAUGUUAGAAUCACGUCCAGUCGCCUCAGCGAGCAAGGCCUCGAAAAUAUACUCAAUUCUUGUGACAGUCUAUGCAGCUUCACGUACGAGGCGGGUGGUCACUUGGGCGAGGACUGGUCAGAAGAAACAUGGGACUGCAGCGAUCAUUUCCAGCUCCGCAAUGCUGCAAGAUAUCUCAGCCGCCACCGCAAAACACUGAAAUCAGUGCAUAUCGAUCUCCGGCACCGGGGAGGGAACCCCGCCACCCCGAGCCCAUUCAGCUUCCGAGAGCUUACUGCCCUGAAACACCUCUUUCUCAACCUGGACGAGUUCCACAGCAGGUUUUUCAUGCAUCGUUGGACGGACGACUCCCAGAUCUUAGUCCAAAUUCUCCCUUCCGGCGUUGACUCCCUACACCUUGCUGGGCGUAUUGGCGAGGAUAUUCCGCGGCUGGAAAAGGCUCUGCUUGGUCUUGGCGAGGCUGCUCUUAAAGGGCAAUUCCAGAACCUGAAGGAGGUGAGAUGGGACGAGAAUGCCAAGCUGCAUGCGGAAGAUGCUGUGAGGUCCCUGUUUGCUGACGCUGGGGUCGACUUUGCAUACGACAGCUGGCCACUAACCAGGUUGUCGUUCUACCAGGGGGACUAUACCCCACCAGGGAAUUUUGAGCAUCCAUAUUGGGCAAUGCCGGACAGUGAUUACUCUGAUCUCUGAUGGGAACUCUAAUAUUUAGUCAUAUCAAUGACUCCGGAUGCGAUUUGCAUUUGAUGAGUAAACAGUAUGGAGUCAAUACCACUAAUUUAGCGCACUGCAAUUUCCACGCUGUCCUCGAACUAGACCAUGGAAAGCUUCUUACUUGUGCCCUGCAAACAUGUCAAAGUGCUGGUUUGCUAGAAUUCCCGAUUGGACUACAAUAAAGGGGCUGUCUUGCAGCUAUGUACUUGACAAGCUAAUUAGGGAACAGUCCUCCUAGGCUCCUCUUUCCUGAGGUUUG